AUGGCCAACAUAGUCACAUUUCUCUGUCUCUACAUUCUGUCAUCAACUCUGUUGCUAUCAAGAAUCACCAUGGCAAACCCUGGAUUGAGCAUUCAGCUCAUCCACUGCGAUUCCCCAGAAUCACCCCUCUACCAACCCAACCUCACACAGUCACACAGAACUCAAAAACUCGUUCUCCUAUCCAAAGCUCACGCCAUGCGCCUAACGAAAGACUUGCAUUCCAAGUACAUCAAUAAUUCCAAUGCUAAUGUUGUGCGUGCAAAAAUUGAUUAUCAAAAAGACUCUAUCUACAUGGCACAAGUGAGCAUAGGCACAUUCAGGAGGACACCCCCGAUUUCUUACUUCCUUGACGUGGACACGGGGAGUGGCAUUAUAUGGAUCCAAUGCCAAGAGUGUAGAAAUCCAGGACACCACUGCUUUUACCAAAGACAACCCCUUUUCCCCUCUUUGGAAUCCCUUUCUUAUAAAACUUGUUUGUAA